GUGGGCUGGUGGGGAGGAGAUUGUGCAAGUUGUAGGGGAGGGGGUGCCCUCUUCUUCCCUGCUCCCUUUCCCCCUUUCUAACUCCUUCCCCCUCCUCCUCCCCCUCCCCCCUCCCCGCCCCCACCUCCUUCCUCCUUUGCGAAGGGCUGGUAACUUGUUGUGCGGAGCUAGCGAGCGGCGGCGGCGGCACCAUCCAGGCGGGCACCAUGGGCACGUCCGCGCGCUGGGCGCUCUGGCUGCUGCUCGCGCUGUGCUGGGCGCCCCGGGAAAGCCGCGCCACCGGAGCGGGAAGAAGAGCCAAAUGUGAACCCUCCCAAUUCCAGUGCACAAACGGCCGCUGCAUUACGUUGCUGUGGAAAUGCGACGGGGACGAAGACUGCGCUGACGGCAGCGACGAGAAGAACUGCGUGAAGAAGACGUGUGCCGAGUCAGACUUUGUGUGCAACAAUGGCCAGUGUGUCCCCAGCCGGUGGCAGUGUGACGGGGAUCCCGACUGUGAAGACGGCUCCGAUGAAAACCCAGAACAGUGCCAUAUGAGAACAUGCCGCAUAAACGAAAUCAGCUGUGGCGCCCGGUCCACUCAGUGUAUCCCCGUGUCCUGGCGGUGUGAUGGUGAAAAUGACUGUGACAGUGGCGAAGAUGAAGAGAACUGUGGCAACAUCACGUGCAGCCCCGAUGAGUUCACCUGCUCCAGCGGCCGCUGCAUCUCCAGGAAUUUCGUCUGCAACGGCCAGGACGACUGCAGCGACGGCAGCGACGAGCUGGCAUGCGCGCCCCCCACGUGCAGCGCGCACGAGUUCCAGUGCGGCACCUCGUCCUGCAUCCCCCUCAGCUGGGUGUGCGACGACGACGCCGACUGCUCCGACCAGUCCGACGAGUCGCUGGAGCAGUGCGGCCGCCAGCCCGUGAUGCACGCCAAGUGCCCGGCCAGCGAGACCCAGUGCGGCUCCGGCGAGUGCAUCCACAAGAAGUGGCGCUGCGACGGGGACCCCGACUGCAAAGACGGCAGUGACGAGGUCAACUGUCCUUCGCGCACCUGCCGCCCCGACCAGUUCGAGUGCGAGGACGGGAGCUGCAUCCACGGCAGCCGGCAGUGCAACGGCAUCCGGGACUGCGUGGACGGCUCGGACGAGGUCAACUGCAAAAACGUCAAUCAGUGCUUGGGCCCCGGCAAGUUCAAGUGCAGAAGUGGGGAGUGCAUAGAAAUCGGUAAAGUAUGUAACCAGGAGCAGGACUGCAGGGACUGGAGUGACGAGCCCCUGAAAGAAUGUCAUGUAAACGAAUGCUUGGUUAAUAAUGGCGGCUGUUCUCACAUCUGCAAAGACCUCGUGAUAGGCUACGAAUGUGAUUGCGCCGCUGGGUUUGAACUGAUAGAUAAGAAAAUCUGCGGAGAUAUUGAUGAAUGCCAAAACCCCGGAAUCUGCAGCCAGAUUUGCAUCAACUUAAAAGGUGGUUAUAAGUGUGAAUGUAGUCGGGGCUAUCAGAUGGACCUUGCCACUGGCGUGUGCAAGGCAGUAGGCAAAGAGCCAAGUCUGAUCUUCACGAAUCGAAGAGACAUCCGGAAGAUUGGCUUGGAGAGGAAGGAAUAUAUCCAACUAGUGGAACAGCUAAGAAACACUGUAGCGCUUGAUGCGGACAUUGCUGCUCAGAAACUGUUCUGGGCUGAUCUAAGUCAGAAGGCCAUCUUCAGUGCCUCCAUCGAUGACAAGGUUGGCAGACAUGUUAAAAUGAUCGACAAUGUCUAUAAUCCUGCAGCCAUCGCUGUUGAUUGGGUGUACAAAACCAUCUACUGGACUGAUGUGGCCUCUAAGACUAUUUCAGUAGCUACCCUGGAUGGAACCAAGAGGAAGUUCCUGUUUAACUCGGACUUGCGGGAACCCGCCUCCCUCGCUCUGGACCCACUGUCUGGCUUUGUGUACUGGUCAGACUGGGGAGAACCAGCUAAAAUAGAAAAAGCAGGAAUGAAUGGAUUUGAUAGGCGGCCCCUGGUGACAGUGGACAUCCAGUGGCCUAAUGGAAUUACACUUGACCUUAUAAAGAGUCGUCUCUACUGGCUUGACUCCAAGUUGCACAUGUUGUCCAGUGUGGACUUGAAUGGCCAAGACCGCAGGAUUGUCCUCAAGUCUCUGGAGUUCCUAGCUCACCCUCUCGCGCUGACCAUAUUUGAGGAUCGUGUCUACUGGAUAGAUGGAGAAAAUGAAGCCGUCUACGGUGCCAAUAAAUUCACUGGGUCAGAGCUGGCCACUCUGGUCAACAACCUUAAUGAUGCCCAAGACAUCAUUGUGUAUCACGAACUCGUGCAGCCGUCAGGUAAAAACUGGUGUGAAGAAGACAUGCCCAACGGAGGCUGUGAAUACCUGUGCCUGCCGGCCCCACAGAUUAACGAUCACUCUCCGAAGUACACCUGUUCCUGUCCCAACGGGUACAGUCUGGAGGACAACGGCCGGGAGUGCCACAGGAUCAAUGUGACCACAGCGGUAUCUGAGGCCACUGUCCCCCCGAGAAGCACUUCUGCUGCCUGGGCCAUCCUUCCUCUCUUGCUCUUGGCAAUGGCAGCAGUAGGUGGCUACUUGAUGUGGCGAAAUUGGCAGCACAAGAACAUGAAAAGCAUGAACUUUGACAAUCCUGUGUACUUGAAGACUACUGAAGAGGACCUGUCAAUAGACAUUGGGAGACACAGUGCUUCUGUUGGACACACGUACCCAGCAAUAUCAGUUGUAAGCACAGAUGAUGACCUAGCUUGACUUCAGAGACGAGUCUUGACCUCUGAGGUCUAAAACCAAUAACCCUCCACUUCGAAAUGGUAACCAAGCCAGCACCUGAAGUCUUUCUUCCUCCAUUCUGGAAGAACAUCAAGAUGUCUUUACGUGGAUCAAGCUUGUAUACUUGACCAUUUUUAUAUUACUUUUGUAAAUAUUCCUGUCCACAUUCUACUUCAGCUUUGGAUAUGGUUACCAAGUAUCUAACCUUGAGUUUCUAGACAGUAUUGCCACAUCUGGCCAAAUAUGCACUUUCCCUAGAAAGCCAUAGUCCAGCAAUGACCCUUGUGCUAUAGGUGUACACCAUCUGUACAGACAUUGUAUAGGCCAUCUGUAAAUAUCCCAGAGAACAAUCACUAUUCUUAAGCACUUUGAAAAUAUUUCUAUGUAAAUUAUUGUAAACUUUUUCAAUGGUUGGGACAAUGGCAAUAGGAUAAAACGGGUUACUAAGAUGAAAUUGCCAAAAAAUUUGUAAACUAAUUUUGUACGUAUGAAUGAAAUCUUUGACCUCCAUGGAGGUUAGUAAAGACUGAGUGUUCAAACUACUGUACAUUUCUUUUUCAAGUGCUAAAACAAUUAAACCAAGCAGCUUAACCAUG